AUGAGUCAGAGUCAGCUGGGAGUGCCCGUCCCGCUGAUGAAUGACAUCCCGCCGUCCAUAGCAGAGCUGCUGAAUGAAGAGGAGCAGUGGGAAUUCAGCAUCCUGGAGCUGGAGGCAGCCACACACAAGAGGCCACUAUCAUACCUGGGUCUGAAGAUCUUCUCUGCAUUUGGGGUGUGUGAGUUUCUGAACUGCUCAGAGUCCACGCUGCGCUUGUGGCUGCAGGUGAUCGAGACCAACUAUCACUCCUCUAACUCCUACCACAACUCCACACACGCCGCAGACGUGCUGCACGCCACAGCUUACUUCCUGCGCAAGGACAGAGUCAAGGCCAGUCUUGACCAGCUGGAUGAAGUUGCCGCUCUGUUAGCUGCGAGUCAUGCCGUGGAUCAUCCGGGCCGCACAAACUCGUUCCUGUGCAACGGCGCGGUCAGUGAAUUGGCCAUUCUGUACAACGAUACGGCCGUCCUGGAGAGUCACCAUGCUGCUCUCGCCUUCCAGCUCACCGUACGGGACAGCAAGUUCAACAUCUUCAAGAACAUGGAAAGGACUCAGUUUCGGACACUACGGCAGGCCAUAAUCGAUAUGGUGUUGGCAACAGAAAUGACUCGACACUUCGAACACGUCAAUAAGUUCGUCAACAGCAUCAACAAACCCAUGAGUGCCAUAGAAGAGACAAGUUCCAAUAGUGAAGGCAGUGAUUGUGAGGGUCAGGCCAGUAUUCGUAACUCUCCUGAGAAUCGGCUACUGAUUAAACGAAUGCUGAUUAAAUGUGCGGAUGUGGCCAAUCCCUGUCGACCCCUGGAGCUCUGCAUCGAAUGGGCCGGUCGCAUUUCAGAGGAGUAUUUUGCUCAGACUGAUGAGGAGAAAAGACAGGGUUUGCCGGUUGUCAUGCCAGUGUUUGACAGGAACACCUGCAGCAUUCCUAAAUCCCAGAUCUCCUUCAUCGACUAUUUCAUCACAGACAUGUUUGAUGCAUGGGAUGCCUUUGCCAGUUUGCCAGAUCUGAUGGAGCAUUUGGCAGAGAACUACAAAUACUGGAAGAACUUGGAUGAGAUGAAAUGUAAAAGCCUUCGGCCUCCGCCUCCUCCAUGACCCUCCUGAUGCCCUUACCCCUGAGGUCAAAGGUCAGAGGUUACGCUGUGAAUGUAGCAUCUCUGUCAGGCCUCUAGGUUUCCGUCCACUGAACACAGAUCAGCAGCCCUGUUUCCACAUCUAGCGACAAUCGCCCGGUAACGAGGGUAAAACACAAACAAAUGACAAAACGAAUGCACUUUAUCAGCAUACAGUCCUCUUCCAGCAUCUUUCACUUUCGUCUCUUCUCUUUUUAAAAAACUCUGUUUUCUCUCAGCUGUUUUUAAUGAUUUAUGGACAAAUAUUUUUGUAAUGUCUGUCACGAGAAGAUAAAGACUGAUCUUUGACGGGUAAAGGACUGUAUAUAUUAUACACGCUCAACUAUGGGAUUUACAGUGGGACUGAAAUGCGAAUGCUCUGUAACUAUACACAUGCACACAUUGACAGAUAUGUGGAUCACAGAUCCAAAUGCCAAAGGGCUUUAUUUGGACUUUAAAGCAGAUAUAAGGAGGACAAAAAACUUUGGAAACCACAAAGGAGCCAAUAGUGAGCCCUGAGGCACUCCCUUCUGUCUCGCCUUUAUUCAUUUGAUAAGAUUCCAAUUUUGUGGACAGAAUCAAAUGUCGAGAUGCCAAACUGAAAGAACUGAAGAUGCAUUUGUAUUCGGAUGAUGAAUCGGUGUUGACCAGCACUGAGUGCAAUUCAGUGUGCGAGAAUGUAAAAACGACGGAUCAGCCUGCUGCAGGCCGUCAUUAUUCCGGCACUUUCUGUAUCAGAACGACUCAAGCCUUUCUCAGACUCCAAGGACUGGUAUAUAAUGAUCAAUAAUUUUGAUAUAAAUAGCCAAUAAUAACAAAGAAUAUAUUUCUCUGAAACACUGUAUAUCCAGACACAUACUGUAAUAACGUGAAUCGUGAUAAUGCGUGUCUGUGUAUGUAAGGUUAGAGCGGGUAUGUAUGUGCUUAGUGAUGAAUGUAUACACAUUUUACACAUUAACAUUCCUACUUCACACAAAAAGUCCAUAUGGAUGCAACAUUCCCUUAAAAAAACAAAGUUAAGAGUUAUUCUCUGUGUAAAACUAAACUCCAGCACAGCCUCAUAAAGAGACCACUGAAACUGAUGGUGGACUCGCAUGUAUUACAAGUGUUACAUAGAUUUUUUUAAGUAUUAUUUAUUUACAAAUGAAAUCGGCUGUAUGUCUCGGGUCUAGACACACAUCGCAGACAACCUUCAGAUGUUUCUGCAAGCCAAAAGCUAUCAAGCUCCAAAGGUGCGUUUAUAAUCAAACACAAUGAUGAGUUUUAAACAGAUGUUUGGCUGAAGCUAUUUCGACUGGAGCUAGUUUAGUUUUCUUGAAUCUGUCACUCUGACCGAUUGGUGAGACAAAAGAUGUUUUUGUUAAGCAAAACUGCAGGAGUCAUUUGUUAUUUGUGCACCUCAUUACAGUUAGACACGCAGCUGAACUGCACUGGCUCGUAGACUGGCUUAGUGGGAAUUUAUGAAAUGUUUGUAUUCAGUUGACGGUCAGCCUCUUACUCUUUAUGUUGUAUAGACGCGAUCGGAAAGGAGCUCUUGAGGACUUCAUCUUUAAGAUGACGGUUCUAGAACACACCAGCACUCAAUAAAGCAGAGGGUUUUUGCAUGCUAUACACUGUUCCAAACAUAGAUAUGUAUACAUAGAUGCCACAUUCAACUGCUCGAAUAGACCUUGAGUGUUCACAGAUGAAUGGAUUACACAUGACAGCAUAUGCAUAUAUAUCCG